GUCUUGGUACUGAGCAUCGAAUUGCGGCAUGCAGCAGAUUGGUCCGGAAAUGUCUUGAACUGCCUCAUGCAGACGUGGAGUCGCUUCAUUCCUGGUCUCGGCUAUUUGGUGCACUGGCCGAGGCUCAGUGGAUACAGUCCGGUGCUUUUGAAACAGUUUGGCUUCGGAGAUGCACUGAAAGUCUGUGAUCCGUUCCAGUUCCAGAAUCUUCCAAAUGGCGUUGUUUCUCUUUUUCACUACGCCACUCGGAACGAAAAGAAGGAACUUGUUGAUAAAGGUGCACCAAGAUUCUUAUAA